AUGGAAGAUGAGAAGCACAUUGGUUUUUACGAAAAAGUUGUUAUGAUUCGUGUAAUUAUUAAAGAGGAUCCUUGUGGACUCGGUAUGCCAUUAAAAGUGUUAACAAUGAAUGAGUACGGCAGGCACCUUCUUAGUGGGCCAAGUAUUAUGCAUAGGUUUUUACAAGCGCGUCUAAGAACUUUACGGGAGAGUAGGUGCCACCACUUUCAGCUGGCAGGAACUCGUGAAAAUUCAGCGACAUCUCCUGUCUUUUGUAUGAGUGUCGAUCCCGCGGAGCAGAAAUAG